AUGUUGCAGCCGCCUCGAGAUCCAGCCUCGCGGCCGCUGAGUAUAAGGACAAUGGGCACCAGUGCGACGCAAGAGGAUAAGACGGGCGAGACAUGGAAGCUGAACGUUACCGCCGAGAAUUGCUGGGAGGACCUCAUCCUCACCCUGGACGGCGGAGGCAUUCGCGGCUACUCGAGUCUCCUCAUUAUACAGCAGCUGAUGCACGAAGUUGCCGAAUGCGAACGCCGAUUACAAGAGGAAGAGGGCCCAGUGCCUGGGAGCGAACGGCGCGAGUUCAACGAGAACGAGCUGCUCCCGUGCCAUUACUUUGACUACAUGUAUGGCACAAGUACAGGCGGUCUCAUAUCUGUGAUGCUGGCUAGGCUUCGCAUGACGGUGCCCCAGUGUCUGGAGAUUUAUCGCAAAGUCGGACAUGAGCUGUUUGGCCAUAGGCGCAACGUGCUGCCACUAGCUACCAAAUAUGAUCACAAACCGCUUGAAAAGGCGGUACAAGACAUUGUCAGACAGUACUGCAAGGAGCAUGACAAGUGUACAGGCGACGACUGGUACCCCUGGCGCUGGGAAGACCAAGAACAGGUGCCCAUGGACGCAUCGGCCGUCAACUCUGUGCAAAGUGCAACUACAUGGGGCAGUGGUGCUCCAGCCACCAAUGUCAAGCCAAUCGAGCACAUUUGUCAAUCAAUCUGUCUAACAGCUAUUCAUUCCGGCCAAAUCGACGAAGCAUAUCUCCUUCGAUCCUACAACCACCAAUAUGAUCCCGACAUUGCCCCGCCAUGGGUUACGCCCUACAACACUGGCGCUGACAAGCUCAAGAUCUGGCAAGUGACGAGGGCGACAUCCGCUGCUCCAUUCUACUUUGAAAUGCUCACCGCCGACUUUGGUAAUGGAUUGAAAAAGAAUUUCAAAGACGGUGGUAUUCGCGAGAACAACCCUUCCUAUGCAGCCUACAGCGAACAUGCUUCACUCAAAGGGGACGAUAGGGAACCAGGUCUCUUACUCUCGAUUGGGACUGGACGUCCGGACACUACUCAUGACGGCUUCGCUACUGCCUGGCCAGGACCACUGGGUAAGGUCAAGGCGCUGCAAAAGUGGAGUGAAAAGUUGGCAGUAUUCAAGAACCUCCUGAUCAAGUACACCGAGGGCGAAGAUCGACACAAGAUGAUGCGCACAAUAGCCAAGGGAGAACACCGAUGGUACAAGCGUCUCAACGUCGACAAGGGACUUGAAGGCUUACCACUUGAUCAUUGGGUAAAGGGGCUGUGGACCAAUCCUCUGACCAACGAAAAUAAGGAGGUGAAUGGAGGCAAGACUCUGUCAAUAAUGGAGGCAGUGACGAGGGCAUAUCUCCAAAGGGAAACCAUUGCAAGUCCCGGCAACCUCACGGAAUACCAGCCUCCCAAGAUUGUCCUGAAGCAAGUGGCAGAGAGACUAGUACGGCACAGAAGAUUAAGAGAGGCUACCAAAGCGGAAGACAUGAAGAGGUGGCAGACACACAUGGGCCAAUGGCUAACGGGCCAGAUGAAGCCUGAGGAUGCGAAGAAGGAGCCAACUCCGCUACAGUCAAGAAAGGGAUCUCGAGCUUUUCUUUCCGGAUCACGUCCAAUGACGCCUAAUGGGAAAUGA